GAGGCGACUCUGAAAGUCCCUGCUGCUAUCACGAAAGCACGUGAGCUUUUUGCGAGUCGGGAUUUGAACAGUUUAUGUCUUGAUAAACAACUCAAAAGAGUAAGUUUAUUUGAGCAUUGUGUUUAAGGACGUGCAAUAUAACUAUAAAAACAUUAUCACAGAAACUCUAAACAUUAAUAAUUAAAAAAUCGUUAAUAAAUUACUAAUAGACACAAAUAAGAUCUCGAUGUGACAGAUUAUGUGAAGAUACGAAAAUAAACAAUUGUAUAUAUAGUAUCUAGGUGUAUAUAAAAUGUCGGCUGAUGAGGAUUUAUUCUUGAACGGCACCGGCAAAACGAAAAGCAUUUAUCAACAAUCCUCCACGGGCGAAAAACACGUCCUUUUUUAUCCUACGAGUUCUCUACCAUCCGUGGAUACUGACGAUCAGAAGGCCAAUAGAGAGACGGCGACGAGAAGACAGCAAAAACAGAUAUCGGGCACUCAAAAUUAUAAGAAUACAUUUAACAGUAUAAUCGGGAUGAAGAAAAGUGAAGGAGCGAGCACGGCCGACUGUGAUACCCAAGAGUCUCGGGGGGGCCAAAGCCGACUCGAUCCCGACUCACUAGAUCCCAAAUAUAACUUUAGGAUUGGAAUAUAUGGCUGGAGAAAAAAGUGCUUGUACAUCCUUAUUUUAGUGUUGCUUAUUAUGGUGGUUGUAAAUUUGGCUUUGACUCUUUGGGUACUCAAAGUUAUGGAAUUUUCCUCGGAGGGAAUGGGUCAACUUAAAAUUGUCUCAGGAGGACUGAAGUUAGAGGGAAAAACGUUCGUACUGGAUAGUUUAAUAGCAAGUAGUAUAAAAUCUAGGAGUUACCAGCCGAUAGUUAUAGAGUCCACAAGAAAUUUGACACUUAGGUCAAGGCAUAAAAAUGGAUACCUAGAUAGUUCCAUGAUAUUAGGAAAUGAAAAAUUAGAGUGCCUAACAAACAAUUUUAAAAUAACUGACGAUCGAGGAUCGUUGCUGUUUUCCGCUGAUAGAAGGGAGGUUCUGGUGGGAUCCGAAACUCUUCGAGUUGUUGGAGAGGGUGGAACCAGUUUCAGCGGAUCUGUACAAACGACAUUGGUUAGAGCCGAUGCUGGCCAUGAGCUAAGAUUAGAGUCUCCUACCAGAUCAUUGGAGAUAAAAGCCGCGAAGGGGAUCCACAUGGAAUCUCGAGGAGGCAAGAUCCGAACGAUCUCCCUCAACGAUUUGACCCUUCAUUCCGAAGUAGGGUCCAUCAAAUUAGAAACAAGUUCAAUUCUAAUGCCAUUGCUACCAACAGCUAAGGUGAUGUCACGAGCAGCGUCCAGUGACACAUACGACAUUUAUCAGCUCUGUGUUUGCGAGAGCGGCAAACUAUUCCUCGCUUCCCCCCAUCUAGUGUGUGCUUCUGAAAAUGACGAUAGGUUGUGCCGAUAAUGUUGGUAAUUAAUUAGAUAUUUUUUCGUGUAUACUUUUUGAGAAAUACCAAAGAGCAAUAAUUUUUUAAUAAUUUUAUAUUAUUAAAAAUUUAAUUUUGGUUUGUAGGAACUGAUUAGAAGAUUUUAAAAAAAUUCGAUAUAAAAUUUUGGUUUAAUAAUUUUGUUUAUUUCGGUUUUGAAUAGACAGGAUAUAUUCAACUAUUCUAUUAAUUUUUUUAAUUUUUUUUACUUUUUAUAUACUGGGUGCAGCAUAAGUGCGGGGAAGGAUAAUUACUCUUUUGUCGUAAAAUAUACGAAAAAAAUUUAUUUAGGUAAAAGUUGAGGAAUCGAUAGGACCAUAAUUUAAAAUUAUUUUUACAUACACAGAAUCACCCGUGUUGACAGGGUAAAACAAAAUUAUCUUUUUUAACGAAACACCCUGUAUAUUUUUACAUUUUUGAAGGAUUCUUUUCGAUGUUUUCUUUCUUAAAUAUAAGAUUUUCCAAUUUUAUAUGAGGUAGUUUAAAAGAUAUUAAUUUGUGUUAAGUGUUGGUCGAAACUCGAAAUGAGUAUUUUAUGAGUUUUCUUAAAUGGAACACACUAUAUUUUAGUACUGUGAUGAAUUUAUAUUUUAAGGUUCUUUUUUAUUUCUUAAGCAUUCUCUAUAAUACCUCAUUUCUUUAAUUUGUGAGUUAUUCGUGAUUCUUUAAGAAAAACAAUUACGUGAAAUUUUAUUAGGUUGGCCGUGAAAAUAUUCAAUAAAAAAUUAUGUUAUUUUCAUAUUAACGUUUAUAUUUAAAAAAAUACGUAUUGAAUUAACUAAUUUUUAGUUGACUAAUGCGUAUACAGGGUGAUUCAUUAAGAAUGCCGAAUCUCUGAGUUAUAGAUUUUAGACCUCUAAAAUAUUAAGAUUUAACCCAAAUCACUUAAAUAAAUUGUGGCUCCUUACUGAGUUACACGGUGUUUUAUUUAAAAACUAUUUGUACCUAGUACUUUAAAAUUAUUUGACAUAUCCUUGCCAUACUCGGCAGAAAGUGUAAGUUCUAUACAUUCUAUUAAAUUAUGAUAAAUAAACGUUUCUGGCUACUACCAGAGGCGUACGACAGGAGACAGUGAAUGGUUGACCCUUCCUAAAUUCUACGCCUUUGGCGGAAUUGCCAUUCUAGUACAGUUUUUCGAUUCUCCAAUACUUUCUAUGUAAAUAUUAUACCCUUAACUCAUAACGAUAAAGUCAUUAGUUUUCGAGAUAUUUGAAGUUAAACAUGUAACGGCACAUAUUAUAUUUUGAUUAAUGUGUUAUGCCGCGUAAUUUUAAAUUUCAAAAGUUGAAAAUUCAAAAUAACUGUGCCGUUACAUAUUUAACGUCAAAUAUCUAAAAAACUAAUGGCUUUAUCGUUACGAGUGAAGAGUAUAUUAUUUACAUAGGGAGUAUUGGAGAAUCAAAAAAUUGUGAUACUAGAAUAGCAAUUCCGCCAGUGGUGUAGAAUUUGGGAAAGGUCGACCAUUCACUGUCCCCUGUCGUACGCCUAUGCUAGUAGCCAGAAACAACGUUUAUUUAACAUAGUUUCAUAGGGUGUAGAGUACUUACACUUUCUGCCAAGUAUGGCAAGGAUAUGGCAAAUAGCUUUAAAGUACUGGGUACAAAUAUUUUUAAAAUUUUUAAAUAAAACACCCUGUAACUCAGUAAGGAGUCACAUUUUAUUUAAAUGAUUUAAGUUGAAUCUUAAUAUUUUGAAGUUUAGAAUCUACAACUUAGAGACUGGGCAUCCUUAAUGAAUCACCCUGUAUGUUGAUUUAAUACAAUUUAAUUAAUUUAAUGAAAAUGGUUGGGUUAUUAUCUGGAUUUUUCAUUUCCUCGAAUUAAAAUGCUGAAUGAAAGAUUUCAAGAUUUUCUACUCGUAAAAAAAAUUGACUUUUAUUACAAAAAAAUAAGAGGUAACCAUUUUUCUUUAUCUUUACUUACUUAAAGAGACUUUGCAAUAAGUUUCGCAACUAAAAAAUAUCAACAAUAAGUAAACUAAAAAAAUUCUCUGCUUUGAUAUCGUUACGAAGUAAAAUAUUUUUGUAUUUGUUUUCUACUUUAUUAAAGUAAGUAGAUCGCAGCAAUUAACUAAUGGCACUAAAACAGACAAAUAUUCAGAAAGAACGUUCUUUGUGGAUUAACAUUUAUUUUAGUCUAUUACGAAAAAACAAAAUAUUUUAGUUAUGAAAUAUGGUCAAAGGAAAUAAUAAUGGGAGCAGAAAAUAAAUAUUUUACCGACUCACAAGUCUAUAUUUAUCAUAGUUUGUAAUUCAUGUGAAUAAUGUUUGUAUAAUAAAUUUUUAUACAAGGUGUGUCAAAAGUAUCGGGACAGUAAAUAUUUUUGAAAAAUCUAUCGAAUGAGAUCAAACUGUACUCCCCACUCCACUUAUCUGUUAUGUAACCACAAAGAUUUUUUUAUUCUAAAACUGGAAAAAUAACCAAUAACAGAUUAAAAUCAGUUCUAUCUUUCUGUUUUAUAUUUUUUUUUGAAAAAUUUAAUAUCCUGCCAUAUCUGUUUUUAGAAAAUGCAAUAAAGUGAUCGCAUUUAAUUUUGUUAGAGCUUAAAAUAAAGAAAAUUUUCUUCGAAGUAAAAAGUAUACAUGAAAAUUAUUCGUGGUAGCCAAUUACUGUUUUUACGUCAUAUAUUUUAUAUAUAAGUUUUUAUUAUAUAUAUUAUGCUGUAUAAAAAUACUAAGUAUUAUUUUGUAUAUAGAUUUGUAUUUCCUUUUGAGCUAAAAAAUAUUUUGAAAAAUAAAAUAUAAAUAUAA